UCGUAGGGUGAACAUCUCUGCUUCGUUCGUUCGGCGCUAGAAAAAAGUAAUCCGGUGUGUGGUGCGGGUGAGGAUUCUUGUGGACAGUUCGAAACACCCGCCGCCAGUAAGGAUAGGCGUUACGGGACCGACCGUGAAGGACCGUAAUUGGGCCACUCUCGUACGAUCUGCUGGUUACACCUUUGUGAGGUUGUGUAGAAGGGGUGGCACGCGGAAUCCGUGUUUGGAAGAGUUUUGAGAGUUGCGGCGACGGUGGUGGUGAUGGUUCGCGCCUCGUUCGUUAAUCGGGCGAAAUAAUCAACCAUCUAAAUCUGAUAACGAUUUAUUUUUAAGUUUCAAACUGCGGGCUUUAAGUGUGUACACGUGAGCGCGUAAAGGUUUAAUUUCCUGCUGUCUCUCUGGCGGGUUUAUCUUGGCCCACACAUGUGAAUAUGAAGAUUCGAUCGCAACCGAAAUAAUUGCUUGUCGCUUUACAAUUAUCCCAAGAGCAAUUGUGGCAAAGUGGAUCCUUAUUCAGCACACGAGGAAAAUAUUGGAAAUCUAAUCAAGUGAAUGAUAAGCAGAUAUAAUGUGUACAGACGAUGAUGAGUUUCUAGGUGAAAAACACAAGCAACUGUUUUUAGUGACCGAUGCUGAUGGCAGAGUGAAGCUAAAAUAAAAGGAGAAAAAAAAUAGGAAAAUAAAAGUUCGACGACUUGAAGAGUUAACAAUCCAAGUUCAGUGUAAAGUGAAAACAAUUUUGUUUAGGAAGAAAAAUAUUUACAAAUCGGUUGUAUAACCGACAAAGUCAUCUAAGAGUUGAGUCCUUGGAGCACUCAGCACAUCCAGGGCGAUGAUGCUGAUGAAUCAAUGCUAGUAGUGUGAAUAAAGAACAAUCUCGCGCAGGAAUCAAUUAAUCAACUUUGUCAUGCGCCGCGGUCUGCUGCAUUAUAUAGAGUUGAAGUGCCAGUAGGAAAAUUGCGAUAACAGAAGAAAAAAUCAACCCAGAAGAAAGGAAAAAAGAGCUGCUGGCGCAUUUCGAAAAAAAGCCUCAAAUUCUUUCGCAAUCAAUUUCUAUCUAUUAUAUUUGAAGUGGUGUUUAUAAAAGAUUUUUAUAUGUGUGUAUCAAUUUGCUCGGAAACAACUCCCGCAAUCUGGAUCGGUGGCUAUCAGUUUAGUAGCAUUAACGAAUGUGACAUUUUAUUAAUAAAAAAUAAAAAGGUACAAUGAGGCCAAAUAAAUACGAUGUUACCACAGCUUACCGUCUAUGCCGAGAUUUUGUGCCUCCUGAUGGUGGUGAUGAUUGCGGGAGCAACACCCGAAUACAUGUAUCUUCAAUCGGCUUGCUCAUCAAAGUUUGUUCGGAUAGCAGCAAAAAAUGGCACUGUCUUUGCAGACGACAACGGACAAAGUGGUCGUCCACAAACUUUCACCACAGAGGCACUCCUACUGCCGAAGAAAAAUUUUACUUUAGGAGUAGCCAUUCGCUGCCAAGAAACCGAUAUGUACUUAUGCUUCGACAAAAACUGGAAAAUCAAAGGCAUGAAAGUCAAAGGCAACAUUGUGAACCGAUCCCGCUGCCACUUUUACGAAACUCUAACCACUCUCGGAUACUUCCGCUUCCAGUCAGUCAUCAGUCAGACAAAAUAUCUCGGUUUUAUCGGCAGCGGUAAACAAAUCAACUACAAAAUGAGGCGCCACAUCGAUGAAAAGUGUUACAAUUUCCAGCGGAUGAAUGCAUCUUUUGAGUUUGGUCACAACAAUCUGACGACGACGACCCAAGCCAGCGGCACAACCCAUGCCCAUCGUCACAAGCAUGGGCAACGUCGCAAAGGAUCGCCAAACAACGCCAACGGUCGACAAUCGCGGCCCGUAACGUGGCCGGCAGCAACGUGGGUGCCAUCACCAGCGCCACCACAAAGAACCACUCAGAUGAGCAAUGAGGUACACACUUCUACGUCCACGCCAAAACCAACGAAAAUGGCCAGCACCAAGAAGCAAAUCAAGACGCCCAAACGCCUUGGCCCUGGCAAGGCCAACAAGAAAGGGUUCAACGCUAACGUCAACGCCGCCAACAUUAGACAUCAUCGUUAUCCCGCGUUUUAGAUAAUGCCGCCGCCAUCUUGACCGCCAUAUUGGGGAUGGACAAACCACACAAACACACUUCUCUCUACCGGAACUUCCGACCGACAUUAGGCAGGGAAUCUCCUCUCCUCGACACACACGUUUCCCUGGAUCACCCCCGCGAUACACCUCACCCAACCCCACCUCCGUCUCUUAUCUCUCUGUUCAUCUCCCCGGCAUGGGCACUGCGCGUCCAAGCCACAAGAGAUGAGGCACUUUUGUAUUAGAUUGUUAUAGCCCCGGGAAAGCUUUAUUAGAAUGUAAUUUGGAACUAAGCAUCAAAGCCCGCUAGACGUUUGUUCGAAGCAUAUAAACACACACUCACACACAGUAAUAGGGAAAUAAACAAUUGCCAAAACACACACACACACAUUAUUCAUCAAUGUAUUUGCUAGAACAUAACAAAAAUCAGUGACAAGUAUUACACGUAUGACCCCCCCACGAGUUGGAACGUUGAAUAAACGAACAAAAAACACACACACACACAGAAUUAAGCGAAUAGUUUGAGUGUAUGUGAGAAUGUAAAACUACAACAAAACAAAAACAUUUAAGUGUUGCAUCGCGAGAACAAGCUGCCGCCGCCACCGCAAGUAAAUGCGUAGACAUAGACACAUACUUUGCAUUACAACAACAAAAGUAAUCUAAAUGAAGAUUAGGAAUCGCUGAGAGCUUUUAGAUGCCUUAAUCGGUGUAUAUUUGUACAACUUCAUAAUAAAUAGUCAGAGGAACGCAAACGCGUGCAUCGCAUCAGGUCAUAGGAAUUGUGGAAUUAUUUAUUAGGAUUUUUUAGAAACGUUCAAAGGUUUGCAUGUUCUAUCCACUAUCCAACAAGCGAAAUUAGCAUUCUAUUUCGAACAUUAAUCCUUCCCAGUGAAUUCAGAAAGUGUGAAUGGAUUGCAAAUUACAACCAUCAUCCUUACUUACAUCUUAAAGAAACACUUUGUGAAUAAAACAGCAAUAGUGUGAUUUCGGAUUUUAAUUCCCAAUUAUUCUGUUGUUUGUUCAAAACAUAUACCUUGUUUUGAACAAUUUGAAGCAUCUUUAGAAUACUUCUGACAUGCGUAAAUUGCUACACCCAAAGUACAGAGUCGAGGGACUAGUUCUCUCAAAUCUUAUUGAGAGAUUAAUGCUAAACUCGAGAGAAUAAUGCACACCAACACAACAAAUGUGUUCAUUCGUUAAUUAAAACAACAAACCUCCAACAAGUGACCACUCUUUAGUCACAAAGCUGUGAUGGCCGAGCCGGUUGAGUCAUUGAGAUAUUAUGUUGGGGAUCCCUGGUUCGAUUCCCGUAGUCGACCAAUUUUGUAAAUGAACUCGAUGACAUGGUUCUCUCGACCAUCUCGAGCUUUAUUCUCUGUUUCCGUAAAUGCAACAUUAUUCUCUCAGCUUGGGGCUAUGAUUCUCUCAGAAAAUUUUCUGCCCUGUAUUUUUUGUGUGUUCAAUUUGAAAUGUUGCUUUCACAUAAACAGUUGAUAUACCUAAAUAUCACUUUAGUUGGAUUUUUUCAAAUCUCUCCGAAUGAGGUUCAUUUCUUCAGAAUGACGAUUUAAUCUUUAAGGAGUAAUAUGAAUUCUUGGUAAAAUUUGGAAUGUUUUAGCAUACUUUGAUCAACUUUACACCAACUAAACCCAUUUAAAAAUGUGUUAGAAAAUAACACAAGACAAAAAAAAGUAUCAAAUUCCUCUAUUCAAAAUUUUUUGCCUCUUUUCCUUAUUUAGUAAUUCGAA